AUGAGCUUUCUAGGCUCGCGGAGCUUGGCUCCUGCCUCUAAGGUUUCCCGUGCUUUGAGGGACCAGAGACGUCUCUUCUCCUCCUCUCGACCUACUGCCCGGUUAUGGACUCCUGGUCCGCUGCGCGCCAAGGAGGCCAAUGGCUUGAUUUCCGACAAGUACCCUGUCAUUGAUCAUGAAUACGAUGCCGUCGUUGUCGGUGCCGGUGGUGCCGGUCUUCGUGCUGCUUUCGGUCUGGCCGAAGCUGGCUUCAACACUGCCUGUGUUUCCAAGCUCUUCCCCACUCGUUCGCACACUGUCGCUGCUCAAGGUGGUAUCAACGCUGCCCUUGGAAACAUGCACGAGGAUGACUGGAGAUGGCACAUGUACGAUACCGUCAAGGGUUCGGAUUGGCUAGGUGACCAGGAUGCGAUUCACUACAUGACCCGUGAGGCUCCCGCCUCCGUCCGUGAGCUGGAAGGUUACGGCUGUCCCUUCUCCCGUACUGAGGAUGGCCGCAUCUACCAACGUGCCUUCGGUGGUCAGUCCAAGGAAUUCGGCAAGGGUGGCCAGGCCUACCGCUGCUGCGCCGCUGCUGACCGUACCGGUCACGCUCUGCUGCACACUCUUUACGGCCAGUCUCUGCGCCACAACACCAACUACUUCAUCGAGUACUUCGCUCUCGAUCUCCUGAUGGAGGAUGGUGAGUGCCGCGGUAUCAUUGCCUACAACCAGGAGGAUGGUACUCUGCACCGUUUCAAGGCCCACCACACCGUUCUGGCCACUGGUGGCUACGGCCGUGCCUACUUCAGCUGUACCUCCGCUCAUACUUGCACUGGUGAUGGUAUGGCCAUGGUUGCCCGUGCUGGCCUUCCUAACCAGGAUCUGGAGUUCGUCCAGUUCCACCCUACCGGUAUCUACGGUGCCGGUUGUCUGAUUACUGAGGGUUCCCGUGGUGAGGGUGGCUACCUGCUCAACUCUGAGGGUGAGCGUUUCAUGGAGCGUUAUGCUCCUACCGCCAAGGAUCUGGCAUCUCGUGACGUUGUGUCUCGUUCCAUGACUCUUGAGAUUCGUGAGGGCCGUGGUGUCGGUCCUGAGAAGGACCACAUCUACCUGCAGCUGAGCCACUUGCCGGCUGAGCUGCUUCACGAGCGUUUGCCCGGUAUCUCCGAGACCGCUUCCAUUUUCGCCGGUGUCGAUGUUACCAAGCAGCCCAUCCCCGUCCUGCCUACUGUUCACUACAACAUGGGUGGUAUUCCCACUAAGUACACUGGUGAGGUCCUGAGUGUUGAUGAGAACGGUCAGGAUAAGGUUGUUCCUGGUCUGUACGCUUGCGGUGAGGCCGCUUGUGUGUCUGUUCAUGGUGCCAACCGUCUGGGUGCCAACUCCCUGCUUGAUCUGAUCGUCUUCGGUCGUGCUGUUUCCCACCGUGUCCGCGACAUCGCCUCCCCCGGCAAGCCCCACAAGGAGCUGGCUUCUGACGCCGGUGCCGAGUCCAUCAAGGACCUUGACUUCGCCCGUACCGCUGACGGCCCCAAGUCUACCUUCGAGAUCCGUAACGCCAUGCAGAAGGCCAUGCAGACUGAUGUCAGCGUUUUCCGUACCCAGGAGAGCUUGGACGAUGGUGUCAAGCGCGUGAAUGAGAUCGACCAGUGGUACGAGCAGGUCGGCACCAAGGACCGCAGCAUGAUUUGGAACUCCGACCUUGUUGAGACCCUGGAGCUCCGCAACCUGUUGACUUGCGCUACUCAAACCGCCCUGGCUGCCUCUAACCGCAAGGAGUCUCGUGGUGCCCACGCCCGCGAGGACUUCCCCGACCGUGACGACGAGAACUGGAUGAAGCACACUCUUACCUGGCAGAAGAAGCCCCACGGCAAGGUCGAUCUUGGCUACCGUGCCGUUGAGGCGAACACUCUGGAUGAGAGCGAGUGCAAGCCUGUGCCACCCUUCAAGCGUGUCUACUAA